AUGGACGCAGACGACCAUACCGAGUGCUGCCACACCAUCGCCACUCUUCCUACCCCGGGCCACGCUCAGUGCGCGCACUGUGGCAAGCGCGAGCGACAGCUUCCGGCGGACACUAAGCUGAAAAGGUGCAUGGGAUGCUCGGCGGUCAGGUACUGUAGCAGAGAGUGCCAGAAGGCUGCGUGGCCAGAACACAGGCGCACCUGCGGCUCCACAGGGGACCUUCAAGUUGUGACCCGUGCGGGGCAUGUUGCCUCCCUUGCUCAGGCUCAGGCCGUGAACAACUGGGUGACUUACGUGCACGAGUACGGGCUAGAAACACUGGCCAAUGCCGCCGUACUCGCCAACGGCGGUAUCGCCGCCAACCUUGGGUCUCCUCGGGUCUUACGCUUGACGUUGGCGCAUGGCGAGGACUCGGGCGACGGAGGAAACCCCGCCUCGGCCUUCCGUCUCGUCGACGUUUCCAUCGAGCACAAGGACGACGUGCCCGCGAUCACAAACUGGGAGCUGGUCCAAGCGAACUGCCGCAAGAGAAGACGGUACCUCCGACAGAGACUCCCGGACGUCACCGUCCUCGGCUGCAUCCCCGCCGUCUGUAUCCUCGCGGGCACGACCAUCGCGACGAUCUACACUUUCCCCAUCUACGGGCUUCGGAGCCGGCACAUGAAGGCGAUGCCUGAGUGCAUCCGCGCGGUCUGCGAGGACGUCAUGGCGAUGUGCAUCGAGACGGUGAACAUGGGCCUCGUCCUGCGCCCGUCUCCGUGCGAGCGGUGCGUGAAGUGCGGGACGCAGGAUGGCCCGCCCCGGGGCAGGCUCGUCAAGCUGGAAGAGGGCGGGUGGGACUGGGAGGCUGUGGAUGACUGGGAGUGGGUGCCGGCCGAGGACUUCAAGUCUCGUUCCGGCCUUGACCCUGCGAAGACUUGGAACCUGUAUCAUGCUAUUUGA